UUAAAGUGGCUCCUCUGCAGCUUUGUUCGCUCCGUCUUUCUGUCGUCGCACCAUGGCUAGCUCAUAACUAAGUGCGUGAAUUUUAUAGCCAAAAUACACAGCAUGGCGGCUACUUGGAAGGCGCAGCUGCAAAGCGCACUCGACAACGCGAAACAUGAGGGCGCCAGCUUCGCGGUCGCUGGCGUGGAUGCUGGGCCGCUGCCCCAGAUCGCCGUGCGUGGCGUGGGCAAAGUGGCGCUCCCCAUAGACGCAGAGCAGGCGGAGGACCUUGCAUUCGCUGGCAUGCCCGCGCCCUACGGCAAGGGUUUCAAUACAGAGCUGGACCCCAACGUGCGCAAGGCAACCCAGCUGGACCCCGGCCGUGUGCGGUUCUCGGCGGACUGGGACGCAACGCUGCGCCGCAUUACCGUGGGCGUGGCAGCUGCGCUGGGUGUACCGGGCGGCGGCGCAGGCAUAGAGGCUCGGCUCUACAAGCUGCUGGUGUAUGAGCGCGGCGGGCACUUCAAGUCCCACCGCGACACAGAGAAGGAGCCGGGCAUGUUUGGCACCCUGCUGGUGCAGCUGCCGGUGGCGGCUGGUCACACCGGCGGCAAGCUGAGCAUCAGCCAUCUGGGUCAGAAGGUGGAGUGGGACACGGCAGCGGCCGCGACGGCCGCACCGGCGUCCGGCAUUCGCUAUGCCGCCUUUUACGCGGACUGCGAGCACGAGCUGUCCGUGGUGGAGUCUGGGAUGCGUGUGGUGCUCGCCUUCAACCUGGUACGGCCGCAGCCCACAGCUCAGAUGACCGGCCCUCUGUCCCACUUCUCAAACAUGGCUGCUGCGGCCGAUGCCGUGACGGCGGCGGUGCGCGUGUGGGAGGACGAGGGCGGGGCUGCAGACCCGGUCGUGGCGAUACCGCUGGUGCACAAGUACACGAAGACCAACCUGGGCUUCGGGGCGCUCAAGGGCUACGACGCAGCCAAGGUGCAGCUGCUGGUUGCUUGCCCGCUGCUGGAUGUGCACCUGGUGCUAAUUGCCAAGGAGGUGGUUGGCAGCACCAGUGCCGGUGCCUGCUACGGCAAGCGCAGCCGCUACCGCCGCUGGUAUGACGAGGAUGACGAGGAGGUCGAAGACCACGCGACGCUGGCGCGCACGGCCCAGAUGGACGACGUGCUCGAUGAGAGCAUUGACACAGGCUUGUGGGUGUCGCCCCUGUUCGGGCGGCUGGCGGAGCAUCGCUUCGGCUGCAGCGGUAUCUCUCUGCCACUGGAGGAGUGCCUGCUGGAUGGGCAGGAGCUAUUCCCGCGCGGCCUGCAGCCGGACAAGCGGGAGUAUGAGGGCUACACCGGCAACGCGGGGCCCGAGCUGACCUACACGUACCACCGCGCGCUGGUGGUGGCCUGGCCCCGCUCGCGCCGCGGGCUGCUGCCGUACACGCCGGACAGCGCCGCCGCCGCGCUGGAGCUUGCGGAGCGGCGGCUGCAGCACCUGAAAGCCGGCGGCUCCGGCCCUGUGCCCAGCCCCUCCGCAAGCGGCCCGUCCUGGGGCCACCGGCAUGACCCCGCAGUCCUGCAGCAGCACCUCAGCCGGAUUGAGUGCUUGCAGCCUCACGAGCCGGAGGCGCAGGGGCUUGGUCGCGUCGAGUGGGAGGCCAAGCUGGCGGUUGAGGCAGCGGUUAGCUGGGCGUUGCAGGCUGGAGCGGGCCGCACGCAGCGCAGCAAGCAGAAGUCGUGGGGUGCGGCGGCUGCGGAGGAGGGCGGUCGCGCAGCACUACAGCGAGCUUUGCAGCUGGUCACUGCACCCCAGGUGGUGAUGCUGUGUGGCGAGGAGUGGCGUGUGCGGGCCGGCAUGCGGCUGCUGAAGGCGCUGUCGGGGGUUGCCGGCCUAAACCUGAAGGACGCGGGUCUGCAGGCAGCGGUUGCCGGUGCAGCCUCGAGUAUGGCUUCAUCAGACUCGUUCGGCGAGGGCGUCCUAAGCCUUGCCACGCAGCACGUGGAGCGGCAGCUGACGGGCUGCUACAUGCUGGCGAUGCACGUGGAGAUGCCGGUAGCGUUGCAAGACCGGAUCCUUCACACAAUCCGUGGCGUCGUUAUUGGUGCUAGCGAGGGCAUGACCGCGAGUGUCGCUGAGGCAGCAGCUGCUGCCGCGGCUGCAGCCCCGGCUGCUGUAGCUGGCCGCAGCUUUGCGCUGCUGCUGGCGGCUGACGUAUGCUUCCUAGCCAGGCUGGUGUACGCAGACAAGUCGGACGCCAGCAGCGCAUCUGGUGCGGGUGCCGGCGGCAUCUUAAGCGGUCUGGCCGCCACCUUCACGUCCGCAGUGCUGCGGCGUGGUGACUGCCAGGCACUGCUGCAGGCGCUUCUUAAGGAGCCGGUGGUGCACCGGGCGCUGCGCCGACAGCACCCCGAUGCGGUGCGGCUGGCGGAGGCCCGGAUGCAGUACCUGGAGCCGCGGGUGGCUGGCGGUGUGCCGCGGCCGGACUUCUCGCUGCCGCACGUGUCGUACCCGCACGACCCCAAGGUGGCGCAGUUCCUGCGGGACGCCGGACAGGAGCACUGGUUUGGCGGCUUCACCAGCAUCGCGGAAGCGCGCAAGUUUGUGGACCAGCACCUCUCCUCGCACGCACAGCAGCGGUACGGCUUCCGCGUGCUGGCCUCCUGCAGCGGCCAGGGGCGCAGCUCGAGGGUGCACGUGUCCAAGAGCCGCGACGUGUACGACCAGCGCGUGGCGACGUACCACUCGGAAGUCGAGGAGCUGCGUGAGGUGCGGGGCAUGCUGCGGGCGGCUGCGGGCAUUGCUGCGGGCGUAGCUGCCACGGGUGCCAUGAGCCAUGCACUGCAGCCCGCGCCGCAGCAGGCCAUGCAGCAACCCGCAUUGGCACUGCUUCCAGCGGCGCAGUGGCACCAGCAGCCAGCCGCGGCCGCGCCUGUGCAUCAGGUGCAGGCACCCGCGCCCGUGGCGCAGAUUGGCUUGGCCCAGCAGGGAGCGGCACGCGUGGCUCCAGUGCACGGAGGCGGCCAACUGGCCGGCAGCGCCACGUGGACACGCACUGAUGGCAGCGCACAUGGGCUGGUGCCGCCACAGAUGCAGGGCCCGCCUCUGCAGGCCUCAAAGCCAGGCACUGCUGGCACGCGCGCACUCACCGCACCGGGCAUGGGAGCUUGGGCGCAGCUUCAACGGCAACAUCAGCUGCUGCAGGCGCAGCGGCUGCAGGCGGUGCAGGCAUGCAAUGCUGGUGGCGGUGGCCAUGUCCCGGAGGUGGUGGAUUUGACCGAUGAAUGAAGCGCAGUAGUAUGAGCGACUAAGGUGUUGGUUGUCAAGUGCACAUGCUGGCCGCACCGCCCCUUAUGGAUCCAUGCCGGAUCGUGAAGUGACAAACUUGCUUUUGAGGCAACACUAGGGUCAAGCUAGGCCCUUGGCGUUGUGCGGCUGCGUGUUUGUUUGCCGUGCCGUACAUUAAGUGAGAGCGUUAGUAUGUAGUAGCGUAGCACCAUGGCAGCCAAUAAAGUGACAUAUGAAUGC